AAUUAAAACAUUUAUUUAAUAAACAUAUAUAUACACACACAUUUUUUGUAGUAUAUUUGCAUUAUAUUGCAAAUAUUGCUAUACUGCUGACAAUACGAUGAGAAUUCCAAUGAGUCUGGACUAUGAGACGGUGCAUAAAUGGCCAGUAAAUAAACCUUCAAUUUACCUAAAAACAUGAUGAGUAGGAGAAAAGUCAGGCCUCGUUAGCAUGACUAAAUUAAAAUAUGUUGCAUUUCACAGUAAUUGGCACAUACUGUGGGAAGAACACUCGUCGCACACAAAACUAUCCCAACAUUAUUUGUCAGCGUGUGAUUGCAUUCGCAGGAAUCCCGGCGACACCGCAGGGCCCUCGGCGGGGCCGUACGUGACAUGAAAGACGGGCCCCUGGGGUCAGUCGGCUCGCCGCGUGACAUGCCAAUAGAAGACAGCCCCCCCCCCCCCCCCCCCACCACACUCCUCCCCACUUUCAAGUGGGAGCCAUCAAAUGGCGACCUAAACAAAACCACACGGCUCAAUUGGCAGCGGUAACGUCUAAUAAAAUGGCAGCGGGGACAAAGCUGGCGCUGGGGAGGCUGUCAUGACACUCCCGUGACGAGGGGAGAGCGUGCAAACACGUAGGGAAGCUGGGACUGCGGCCCGUGUCGGCCAGCACAUGCUCUAUAAUCAUCUACAUAAACACUCGGGAGCCAAGCGGCGCUGGUCUUCCCUCGCCUGGGGCCGGCAGCAUGUAAUCCAAUUGAAGGAGCUCCGAAGUGCCAUCUUGUCUCUGCGUCAUAUUCAAGACAGGCUAAACAUAACAACAUGUCCGCUCACCAUUUAUUCUGCUGAAUCAUGCAGCCCAGUCACCGGGUCCACGUCCCCUGGCAGCGCUUCACAGAUCCUGGCCAGAAAGAAGAGAAGAGGGAUCAUAGAAAAGAGGCGCAGGGACCGGAUCAACCACAGCCUGUCUGAGCUCAGGAGGCUGGUGCCAAGUGCCUUCGAAAAGCAGGGCUCCUCCAAGUUGGAGAAAGCUGAGAUUCUACAAAUGACGGUGGACCACCUCAAACUUCUGCACGCCAUGGGAGGGAAAGGGUACUUUGACGCCAGGGCGCUGGCAGUGGACUACAGGACUCUGGGCUUCAGGGAGUGUGUCGGAGAGGUAGUGCGGUACCUCAGCUCCCUGGAAGGAGACUCCCCAGACCCGAUAGGAGCCCGCCUGGUCACCCACCUCUCCCACUGCGCGAGCGAGCUGGACCCCCUUCUCCUUCAGUCGCCCCCGACCUCCGCCUUGCCCUUCCCUCCUUGGCCCUGGGUGUCCUUCCCCCAGAUGAGCGGCACGCUGCCGCCCGCCUCCUCCUCCGGCGGGCGGAGGGACCUGGCCCUGAUGGGGAGCUACCCUCCACCCGCCUCCCUCCGUCUGGCGCCGCUGGUCGGCUGCCAGCAGGGGGUGCCGCCUCUCCUCGCGCCCGGCGUCCUGGCGAGCGUUCACAGGCUGCCGUCCAUCGCCCCGUCCGCAGGCCCACCCAGGCCGACCCAGGCAUCCCCUCACAGCAGGACCUCGCCUCUCCCUCCCGCCCAUUCCACUUCCUCCCCGCCCACCGCGCCGCCCCUCAUCUCUUUCAGACCGUUCGCACCUCUGGGGUCUCCCACGGUCCAACGCAGGGGGCUGAGUGGCAAGUCGGGCCAAGGAUGGCCGACUGAAAUAGGAGCUUUUUAAGGACUUUUUUUUAAUGAAUCCCAAAUGAACUAUGCAGGAGCAAACAUUUGAGGACUUUGGUGUCUUUUUAGGACUCGACAAGCCAUAUCAGACUGAACCUUUCAGAUAAUCCCCAUGACGAUUAACAAAUAAAAGAAUGUUCAACAGAGCCAUAUGUUUAACUGUGAUGUUCCCAAAAUAAUUUUUCCAUCCGAUUUUUGUGUAUGGCAAAGAAUGUUUUGGAUAAAAAGAAAAAUCCAUAAAGACAAAGUGCCUUCAACAUUUGGUUGUGUUUUUUUUUUGGCAAUCUUCACUUGCUGUGAUAGCGACUGUCAAAAUUAACUCUGUGAGAUCGCAAGCAUUAGCUUAUAGCUAGAGAUGGACUUUGUUUUUCCAACCGUGAGUGUGAAGGACAGUGCGGAGGAGUAGAAGUGGUUGUUAUUCAUUGAAUUAAAGAAAAAAAUCAUCAACAACAUGACCGAGCGUGUCGCUGGCUUAACUUGGUGGAGCAGUUGGAGCGUAGCACUGAUAGUGCUCGCGUCAUACUGAAGCAGAAU